CCCUUUUUCCUCUCCUGUCACGUCCAUCCCAAUCACCUUCUAGUCACUCCCCACUCCCACAUACUCCGUCCGUGAUUCAGCAAUGACAUCAUAACUGGUGUUUAUAUAAAGACAGGAUUUCUCUGCGGCUGAAAUAUACAGGGAGCAACGAAGCUGCGUUACAUUGAAAGAUGGCAUUACCUCUCCUGUUGCUAGUUCUGCCAUUUCUAGCUUUUACAGCAGGCUCAGCACAAGAAGGUAGUAACUCCAGCUCUUCUACCACUGCUGCUCCAUUCCCAGUCAUAAACCAGACAUCUGUGACGCAGCAGACCACACACAAGCUCCAAAGCACUGCAGACAAGAUUGAGUUCAUCAUUGGAGGAUCCGAAGAGGAUUAUGAUUAUGAAGAUGAUGUGUCAACAGUUGCUUAUAGCUCACCUGUUGCUAAAGUUUCCUGCCAAUAUGAUCGGUGUGAGCAUCUAGCACCUUUAUGUGAGGAGAUUCAGUGGCAAGCAGGCGGUAAAUGUCUUUGCCCAGGAAUUGAUGGUCCACAGCAUAAACCAGACUCUCCACCCUUUAAAGAGGUUCUCCUUGGUGAUACGCAAAUAACUGUCAACUGGUGUUCCCCUUCAUCUACUGUGCAUGGUUACAGAGUGUUGCAUGGAGAACCAGGGGGUUCAUUGGAAAAGGGGCUAGACCUAAAUGCCUCUUUUCGCUCAUAUACCAUUGAAAAUCUUUAUCCUGGUUCUCCCUAUACAGUGUGUGUAGUAGCAUUUAAUAAGGCAGGAGAAAGCCUGGCAGAUGAGGUAGAGGACAGACCAGCUGGCAGCAUACGAAGUCCCUGCAGGACUGUCCAUACCACCAUGCAGUCACUAUAUUUAGGAAUUGGGUUAGGGCUGGCAGCAUUAGCAGGGUUGCUUAUUAUUCUGGGCUUCUGUCUUUGGAGAAGAAAGAGAAACAAGACUAAGAGGGAAGCCAACAUGGAAGAAACGGGAAUACCUAACUACACCUAUAAGGCAGGUAGUAUAGAUCAGUUGUGAAGAGUCAUAUUGAGUUUAUGAAGACAGAGUGAGGUUUUAUAUUGCUGAAUGUAAUUACUUGGGAAUGUAAAGAAGCGUUUAUGUUGUGAUAUUUAUUGUAAUAAAAUAUAUUUUUAUAUGAUUA